AUGUCUCUCUCGCGCCCUCUCGCUCUGCCUCCGGGUGUCUCCGAGUCCACUUUUCACCAAUUCAUCGAGAGAAUCACCAAGACCACCCCAGAUGUCACCAUAGUAGAGUCAAAAGACCAAUUCCCGGACGGCGGAUACCACGAACCGCCUUCCAGCCAUGAUCCGUUCUACGUGCAGGACAAGGAUCACUUCAUUGCUUCUGCAUUCGUCUGCCCGAGGUCAGUCGAUGAGGUUCAGGAUAUCGUGCGCGCAGCGGGAGACUUUGUGAUCCCUUUAUGGCCAACAUCCCUCGGACGGAAUCUCGGAUACGGAGGCGCUGCUCCGCGUGUCAGGGGCAGCGUGGUACUCAAUCUCGGGAAGCACAUGAACAGGAUCCUCGAGGUCAAUGUCGAAGGCGCAUACGCACUCGUCGAGCCGGGUGUCACUUUUGAAGCCCUGCACAACUACUUGGUGGAGCACAAUCUCAGGGACAAGCUCUGGCUGGACGUUCCAGAUCUGGGUGGUGGAUCUGUUCUGGGGAAUACUCUUGAACGGGGUGUGGGUUACACUCCCUAUGGAGACCACUUCAUGAUGCACAGCGGUAUGGAGGUCGUUCUAGCCAACGGAGAACUUCUCCGUACAGGCAUGGGCGCGUUGCCUGCGCCCAAGUCGGAGACGGAGGGCGUCACGAAAUUACAUGAAGAACCUGGGAACAAGUGUUGGCAGCUGUUCCCCUACGGUUUCGGCCCGUAUAAUGACGGACUGUUUUCGCAAAGCAACCUUGGUAUCGUCACCAAGCUUGGGCUGGGACUCAUGCCCAAUCCUGGGGGCUAUCAAUCAUAUCUCAUCACCAUUCCAGGCGAAGAAGACCUACACAAGGCCGUCGAGAUCAUCCGACCGCUUCGUCUGAACAACGUGAUCCAAAACGUCCCUACCUUGCGCUACGUCCUCCUCGACGCCGGCAUGAUGGGCCACAAAUCCGACUACACCUCCUCCACCUCCCCCAUCGACGAAGCCACCACCGACGCCAUCGCUAAGAAACUCAACCUCGGCCGCUGGAACUUCUACGGCGCCUUAUACGGCCCCCCCGAAAUCCGCACCGCCAUGUGGAAGCUCAUCCACGCCGCCUUCUCCGCCAUCCCCGGCGCGCGCUUCUUCUUCCCCGACGACGUCGCGGACCCGCGCGCGGUCCUGCACAACCGGCACAACGUCCUCCAGGGGAUCCCGUCGUACGAGGAGCUGCGCUGGGUCGACUGGGUGCCCAACGGCGCGCACGUCGCCUUCUCGCCCAUCUCGCGCAUCUCGGGCGCCGACGCGGCGCGCCAGGUCGACCUCGCCAAGCGCCGCUGCCGCGACGCGGGCUUCGACUACAUGGGCACCUUCACCGUCGGCAUGCGCGAGAUGCAUCAUAUUGUUGAGAUCGUGUUCGAUCGCACGGACGCGGGGCAGAGGAAGAGGGCGGAGGCGUUGGUGCGUGGGUUGGUGGACGAGUGUGCGGCGUUGGGGUGGGGCGAGUAUCGGACGCAUUUGGCUUUCAUGGAUCAGAUUGCGGGGACGUAUGGGUGGGGUGGAGGCGCGCUGGGGAGGUUCAAUGAGAGGGUCAAGGAGGCGUUGGAUCCGAAGGGGAUUUUGGCGCCCGGGAAGAGUGGCGUGUGGGGGAGUCGGUUUGGGGAGUUGAAGGGGAAGCUUUGA